GUGAAUGUGUGGCAUCAUAGGAUAAGAAGGGUAAGGUAGCAGUCAACGGCAAUCAGAGAUCAGUUUGAAAAAAAGGAAGACGUCUCUGAUCUCUAAAGGAACAAUGGAGUUCACCAGGCGAUACCUUCCCAUGGAAUGGGAGGAACGCUGGAGGAGAGACAAAGAGAAGAGGAAGAGGGUGAUUGAGGAGGGAGGGGAGAAGAUCGAAGAGGAGAACAGGAGGCUCCAGUGGAUCAAGGCCUACAAUGACAACAGAAUGGGUGUGAAACACAGUGCAUGGCAAGAAUGCACAGGCAAGUACCGCAUCCCAGAAGAUGAAGCAGGACCUGCAGGACACAAGGAUAGGACAGGCUGUGGUGAAAGCAAACAGACAUACCACAGUGCCACCUACACAAAGCAAGUGUUUCAGACUCUGGAGAACUUUAGGCACUGCUUGCUGCUUACUGACCUGACUCUAAGCACGCAGGAUGGGUGUCUUCGUGCCCACUCCCCUGUCGUAUCUGCGGUGAGCUCCCUUGUGAAGCAGAAGCUGAAGGAGCAAGUUGGAGACUCGAGCAGGGAGAUCCAGGUCAACUUAGGCCCUGAGGUGACCCAUCAGGGCCUUGCUGCAGUGUUGGAAUUUGCCUACACAGGAGCCAUACCAUCUCUUAGCAGAGACAUGGUCACUGAGGUCCAGACUGCGUCUCAUGCACUGGGGGCUCCGAGAGUUUUGGACCUCUGUGAAGAGGAAGAAAGGGAAGAACAAAAGGACAAUGGAGAUGAGGAAGGGCAGAAAAAAAAGAUGAAGAAGAGGAUGUCUGCUUCAGAACAGCUGGACAUUAGUCUACAGGCCAUCAAACAACUGUGGACUGAGAAUGUGGGCUGUGAUAUUGUGCUACAGGCUGAAGAGAAAGAAUUCACGGCCCAUCGUGUGAUCCUGGCAGCCAGCAGUGACUACUUCCGGGGCAUGUUCGCCAGUGGCAUGAGGGAGGCUCAGGAGCCCUCUGUCUCUUUGCCGUCCCUCGGUGACGAGGAGCUGGAGGCCUUCCUCCACUGCUCUUACAGCGGGGCUUUGGACCUCACCUGGGACUGUGUGUUUGAUCUGGUCUGCUCGGCCCUCCAGUUCCAGAUUCAACCCACCCUCACUCUGUGUCUCGACUUCCUCGAGCGGGAAAUCAACGCCGAUUCGUGUCUGGACGUGGCUUCGUUCGCCGAAGCCUACGGCAUGGGAGACUUACUUGAGCUAGCCGACGACUAUGUUCUCAGACACUUUCUGGAGGUGUCAACCUUGCCCAAGUUCCAAGACCUUUCCGCAGAGAAGGUUCUGGAAUACCUGUGCUGUGAUGGCCUGUGCACUCCCUCUGAGCUGACGGUGUUCCGGGCGGUCGUGUUCUGGCUGGAGGCCGACCUCGCCAAGAGGCUUCCUGAUGCCCCGAAGCUGAUGACGGGCGUGCGCUUCCCUCUCAUGACCUUCAGGGAGUUCCGCGAGGUGCGGGACAUCAACCUGAACAUGGAGUGCAGCGCAGAGGGCGAGGUUGAGCUCUACAGGACAGCAUUUAAGGACUUUGGCUUCGGGAUGUCCUCCUCGGACGAGUGCUUCCGGGUGCGGCGUCCCAAGGACGCGCUGGUGCUGAUUGGUGGGGACCAGCUGAAUCCGGACAUGGGCAUGCGGAUUCCCAGCAGGCAGCUGUGGUUCGCCGACGAAUUGCGGAGUGGAAUUGGUCUUGUGAAGAGCAUUGAGUGGAGGCUGCUGGGGGAGAUUCCCGAACAGGCCCACUUUCGACACGGAGUAGCUGUACUUGAGGGAAAGCUCUAUGUCAUUGGUGGGUGUCAUUUUUAUGCAAAGAAUGACACCAUGAAAUCAGGAUUCUGCUAUGACCCACUGCAGAACACAUGGCAAAAGAUAGCAGAUAUGCACGAGCGGAGGAGCAAUUUUACAGCAGUGGUCAGAGACAACCGUCUCUACGCUAUUGGAGGAGACAAAGACAUCAACACAAACCUGGACAGUGUGGAGGUCUAUUGCCCAGACAGCAAUUCCUGGAGCUUCGCCCGACCCCUCGACCAGGCUCUCAGUGGCCACGCAGCUGUUGUGUGGAAGGACGAGAUCUUCAUCUCAGGAGGUAUGGACUGCAACUACAAGUGCCUGGUGUCCACGUGUCUCUACCAGCCAGAGAAAGGGACACUCUACCUGUCCGACAUGGCCCAUGACCGGGCCCUGCACUGCAUGGAGUGUCUGGACAGCCGGUUCUACAUAGCCGGGGGAGUGUGCAACUUCAGGAAAUUCUACGCCAACCACCUGCCGUGUGAGGUCUACGACCCCGCCGGAGACUCCUGGUGCACCAUCGCACCCCUGCCCGUUCCCCACGUUGGCGCGGCGUCGGCCGUUUUAGAAGAGAGGCUCUACGUCCUGGGCGGGUACUGCCAGGAGGACUACAGCGAGUCCAGGUUGGUGCAUCGGUACGACCUGGCCACCGAGCGCUGGCUGAGCGUGGGCAUAAUGCCUGGACCCAACACAGACAUACGGGCAUGUGUGUUCCGCUUACCCGCCAAACUGAGAAAAUGAGUCAGGCCAUGAUAAGAUGUUGUUUCACCACUUUAUGACAUUUCACCACUUUAUGGCAACACAGUGUAGAACGUACAAUGUUUCAUCAAUUUUCUGGUACCCAUUUUGUGUAAAGCGGUAUCCA